CCAUUUCUCAACACAUCUUCACUUCUCAUUCAACACACACAAAAAAAACACAAAAUCUAACAAAAACAAUUGUAACAACAAAAAAAUAACAUGGUUGUGAAGAACUUAAGGUUCAUGUUCAUGUUACUUCUCUCUUUGUUUGUUACAACAACCUUAGCACAAACAACACAAACAUGUCUAUCCCACAACUUCACAAACAACGAAAAAUUCACCACGUGUCGCGAUCUACCAGAACUCUCGUCGUACCUUCACUGGACAUUCGACCAAACAACAGGAAAGCUCGACAUAGCAUUCCGACACACAGGAAUCUCGUCAAACGACAGGUGGGUCUCAUGGGCUAUUAACCCUAACAACGAUCUCACUUCCUCCAUGACUGGAGCUCAAGCUUUGGUCGCGAUUCCACAAUCUAGCGGUGCCCCGAAAGCUUAUACUUCUUCGAUUGCGGGUUACGGUACUCAAUUAACAGAGAGUGCGAUUAGUUAUAAUCAUUCCAAGUUGAGUGCUACACAUGCGAAUGGUGAGGUUGCGAUUUUUGCGACGAUUACUCUUUCUAGUGGUGUUACUUCUUUGGUUCAUCUUUGGCAAGAUGGUCCUGUGUCUGGGGGUUCUCCUCAAUCACAUGCCACGAGUGGUGCUAAUGUACUUUCCAAGGAGAAGUUGGAUCUUCUUUCUGGUGUUUCUCAAGCUGGAUCAGGUGGAGGUUCUCUCAGUAGAAGAAGAAAUACCCAUGGAAUACUAAAUGCAGUGAGCUGGGGAAUCUUGAUGCCCUUGGGAGCUGUAAUUGCAAGGUACUUGAAGGUGUUCAAAUCUGCAGACCCUGCUUGGUUUUACCUUCAUGUUACCUGUCAAACAGCUGCUUAUAUAGUCGGUGUUGCCGGAUGGGGUACCGGUCUAAAACUUGGCAGUGACUCGGCUGGUAUUACCUACUCAACUCAUAGAGCGCUCGGAAUCACCCUCUUCUGCCUCGGAACCCUUCAGGUUUUCGCGCUGCUAUUAAGGCCCAACAAAGAUCACAAAAUCAGAGUCUACUGGAAUUUCUACCAUUGGGCCAUCGGAUACGCGACCAUAAUCAUCAGCAUCAUCAACAUCUUUAAAGGGUUCGAUGCAUUGGAGGUGUCUGCAGCGAACCGUUACGAUAACUGGAAGCAUGCAUACACCGGCAUUAUUGCGGCUUUGGGCGGCAUUGCUGUACUUUUAGAAGCUUACACAUGGAUCAUUGUGAUCAAGAGGAAAAAAUCACAGAACAAAUUGUCACAUGGAACAAAUGGAACAAAUGGAUAUGGUCAGCAGGUGUAGGGUGAGACAGAUAUAGAUACUGGAUUUUGGUUUAUGAGUUUUAUAUAAUGGAGUUUUGGUGUUUAGACACUUUUUGUGUAUAUUUGGUUUCAUGAGUGUUGGAUUUUGAGUUUUAGAUUAUUCUUUCAUAGGAUAGUGAAAAAAAAAUCCUGGAGUGUGGUUUUUUCCAUGCAAUUCCAGAGGAUACUUUGUCUCUGAUAUAUAAAUAUUUUGUUUUUUUUAUUUA